AUGACUUAAUUUUCCAUUUACAAGGGCGGUACUGAUGUUCACAGUAGUCAGUCUCCUGCCCAUGGGCGUUAUAAAGGGUAAAGGUUAAUUAGUUAGAGAAGAAAUUUGAUCAGGGGCGGGCAGUUAAAAUUUGAUACUCAGACAGGUAAUUCAAGCAUUCCCUAUUGUCACCUCAAUCAGACCUAUAUAAAUCGUCUCUGACGGACACCAGUCACCGCAAAGCCUUUACUCGUCUCUUUUGGAUCAACGACCGGGCAAGAACCUCAACGCGGAUUAAAAUGUCGCUCUCAUCUAUCCUUUCCGCUGAUGCCAUAGACGCUGCCAUGAAGGACUGCCAAGCACCGGACUCCUUCAACUGCAAGAAGUUCUUCCAGCAGUGUGGCUUGACCAAAAAGAGUCCCGCGGAGGUGAAGAAAGUCUUCGGGAUCCUGGACAACGACGCCAGCGGCUUCAUUGAGGAGGAGGAACUCAAAUUCUUCCUCCAGAGGUUCAACCCCGGGGCCCGUGUCCUGACUGAAAAAGAGACCAAGGCCUUCAUGUCUGCUGCUGAUGAUGACAGCGACGGCAUGAUUGGAGCAGAUGAGUUCCAGGCCAUGGUCCUAUCCUGAAUACCUGUACAACACCCUCCAUACCUCUUUCUGCCCACAGAGUUCCAGGCCAUGGUCCUAUCCUGAAUACCUGUACAACACCCUCCAUACCUCUUUCUCCUCGCCCCACUCCAGCGCUAGGAUUUAUAACUUUACUUUUCCAUCUGUCAAUCUAUUUGGAAAAAUGUAUUCUUUUUUUGCAAGCCUCCGGUUCAGACUACCUACAACUCACUGAUUUUUAUUUUUGCUUUUUGCAUAUAUUUUAGACAGGUCAUUAUAUUAUUGCCCAAAAUGUAUCACUUACCAAAUUACUGAGAAAAUAAAAUAAUAAAAUGCAUUCUAGAAUCUA